UAUGAUGGAACACUAAUUUCUCUAAUUCACGCUGAUGAAAUAGCAGAAUCAUUGAGCAUUGACAACAUUGACUUUGAUGAUGAAAUUUUCAUAAAGUCUUUGAUAUAUAAAUCUGAAUAUAUACUUUCAGUGCGUGGUUUAGAGUCUGGAUUUAGUAGAGAUGUAUCUGGUGAGAUAACUAUCGCUCGUGGCCCGAAAAAUUUUGAAAGAUGGUUUAGACCUACCACUUUACAUUAUAAGAUAUUAGAUAAUAAU